UGAACGCCCCUCCCACCUGCAGAGCAUUCCCGUGGCCUCUGAGGAGCCCUUGCCUUAGCCCGGCCCCGUGGCACGAUGGCUUCUCAUUUCGUGGGCUUUCUCGGUGUCUUGGGCUUCCUGCUGUUGCUCGGCCUCCAGCUCGUCUGCCCGCAGCCGUCCACUGAACACAGAAAGGUCCCGCAGCGGCUGGCACUGGAGGGCGGCCCCGAGGACGGCGGCGGUGCCAUCCCUGGGGUGUGGGGCGCCUGGGGGCCCUGGUCCGCCUGCUCACGCAGCUGCAACGGCGGGGUCAAGGAGCAGACGCGCCCGUGCCUGCCCGCCUCCCCCGCGCGCGCCUUCGCCGUGUCCGGCCACGUGGUGUCGGCAGUGCGCGCGUCCCGCGCCCGCGCCCAUGCCCACGCCAGACCCGGCUCCGCGGCGCCCCCGCGCCGGAGUCUGCACCCUCAGCCCCGGGCCCGAGCACCCUCAGCGGAGAGGAGGAGCAGAGCUCAAGGUCCCAUCGGCCCUGGCAAAUACGGCUACGGCAAGGCCCCGUACAUCUUACCACUGCAGACGGACACCGCACACACACUACAGAGGCUUCGAAGGCAGAGGCCCUCGUCCCGGCCAUCCAGGUCCCAGGGGACAUCUGCCACCAGACAUGGCUACCACCUGCAAGCCCAGCAGCUCCCCCACCAGGGGCCUCUGUACCACGGUGAAAAUGGCCCUCACUCUGGGCUGCAGGCCUCGGAGGCCUCCAUCUACCAGCUGCCUUUGACCCACGACCAAGGCUUCUCUGCAGCUUCAGGUGUCUUCCACAGCCCGGAAACGAGCAGCAGCCAUGGCGUGGGGCCCCACAGGGCAGAUCGGAGCUUCUCGCACCCCCCGCGAUCUGCAGCCAUCUCGUGCAUUGGGGCCUACCGGCAGUACAAGCUCUGCAACACCAACCCCUGCCCAGAAAGCAGCAGGAGUAUCCGUGAGGUACAGUGUGCGUCCUACAACAACAAGCCGUUCAUGGGCCGGUUUUAUGAAUGGGAACCGUUUGCAGAAGUAAAGGGCAAUCACAAAUGCGAGCUGAACUGCCAAGCGACCGGUUACCGCUUCUACGUGCGGCAGGCUGAGAAGGUCAUUGACGGCACACCCUGUGACCAAAACGGCACAGCCAUCUGCGUGUCAGGACAGUGCAAGAGCAUUGGCUGCGAUGACUUCCUGGGCUCCGACAAGGUCGUGGACAAGUGCGGGGUGUGUGGCGGCGACAACACGGGCUGUCAGGUGGUGUCAGGCGUGUUUAAACAUGCCCUCACCAGCCUGGGCUACCACCGCGUUGUGGAAAUCCCCCAGGGAGCCACAAAAAUCAACAUCACCGAGAUGCACAAGAGUAACAACUAUCUGGCCUUACGAAGCCGUUCGGGCCGCUCCAUCAUCAAUGGGAACUGGGCAAUUGACCGUCCUGGAAAAUACGAGGGUGGAGGGACUAUGUUCACCUAUAAGCGUCCCAAUGAGAUUUCAAGCACCGCUGGAGAAUCCUUUCUGGCUGAAGGUCCCACUAACGAGAUCUUGGAUGUCUACAUGAUACACCAGCAGCCCAACCCCGGCGUGCACUACGAGUACGUCAUCAUGGGCACCAACGCCAUCAGCCCGCAGGUGCCGCCACAGAGGAGACCAGGGGAGCCCCUCAAUGGCCAGCUGGAUGCAGAAGGCCGGAGCCAGGAAGGCAGAGAGGAGGAGAGAGCGGAAGAGAAGCAGGGCUCGCGUGGGGAAGCCCGGGAGGUCUUCACCUCCGAAGCCGCCCAGACUUUCUCCGUCAGGCUUCCAGACAGAUUCUCUUCCCAUCGGCCGGACAACUCGGUGCCACCAGCACCGCAGCCCCCGAGGCGGAGCCGGGAUCACAACUGGAAACAGCUGGGGAUCACAGAGUGCUCCACAACCUGUGGGAAAGGCUCGCAGUAUCCAAUUUUCCGCUGUGUGCACAGAAGCACCCAUGAAGAGGUUCCUGAGAGCUACUGUGACCCCAGCAUGAAGCCGACCCCCGAGGAGGAGCCCUGCAACCUCUUCCCCUGCCCGGCCUUCUGGGACAUCGGGGAGUGGUCUGAGUGUAGCAAGACCUGCGGGCUGGGUAUGCAGCACAGGCAGGUCCUGUGCCGCCAGGUCUAUGCCAACCGCAGCCUCACGGUGCAACCCUACCGCUGCCAGCACCUGGAGAAACCCGAGACCACCAGCACGUGCCAGCUCAAGAUCUGCAGUGAGUGGCAGAUCCGCACCGACUGGACCUCAUGCUCCGUGCCCUGCGGCGUGGGACAGAGAACCCGGGAUGUGAAGUGCGUGAGCAACCUGGGGGACGUGGUGGCAGACGAGGAAUGCAACAUGAAGCUGCGGCCCAGCGACAUCGAGAACUGCGACAUGGGCCCCUGCGCCAAGAGCUGGUUCCUCACUGAGUGGAGCGAGAGGUGCUCGGCGGAGUGCGGGGCCGGCGUGCGGACGCGCUCCGUGGUGUGCAUGACCAACCACGUCAGCAGCCUGCCUCUGGAGGGCUGCGGGAACAACCGGCCGGCCGAGGCCACCCCGUGUGACAACGGGCCCUGUGCCGGCAAGGUGGAGUGGUUCUCGGGGAGCUGGAGUCAGUGCUCCAUGGAGUGCGGGAAUGGGACCCAGCAGCGGGAGGUGAUUUGUGUCAGGAAGAACGCAGAGGCCUUCGCUGUGCUGGACCCCUACGAGUGUGCCUUCCUGGAGCGACCCCACAGCCAGCAGCCCUGCCACCUCAGGCCAUGUGGAGCCAAGUGGUUUAGCACGGAGUGGAGCAUGUGCUCCAAGAGCUGCCAGGGUGGCUUCCGGGUCCGGGAAGUGAGGUGUCUGGCAGAUGACAUGAGCCUGAGUAAUCUCUGCGACCCUCAGCUGAAACCAGAGGAGAGAGAAUCCUGCAAUCCUCAGGAUUGUGUUCCUGAAAUUGAUGAAAACUGCCAGGACAAGUACUACAACUGCAAUGUGGUGGUGCAGGCACGCCUCUGUGUCUACAACUACUACAAGACAGCCUGCUGCGCGUCUUGUGCCCGGGUGGCCGCCAAGCACGCCGGCCUCCUGGGGAGCAGAUAACGCAUACCCUGUCCUAGAGCACUGCUGGCUACCCUCAUCUCUGGCCACAUGCUCCUUCUGUGCUAGGAGCUCGGUGCCAGGGCAUUAGAAAGCCACAGCUGCCCUCUGAGCAGUGCCAUGGACUCAAGACUCCAGGAAGCCAGCACCUGCAAAUGGUGCCCACACAGCCCUGGUGCUGUCCAAGUCAGCAGAUAUCCCUGCUGGGAGCUGCCCCAUGUGACCCGGUGCUUCUGGCCUCUCCAAAGUGGGUACUACCUGGGGGUCAGAGGAGGCAGUGCCCCCUGGCAGACCUCCUCAGCCUCUCUGACAAUGAACCCCGCUGUGACGUAUUUUCACCCUCCAAGCCAUCAGCCCAUCUUCCUGCCUUAGGAUGCCUACAUCAGCAGGGCUGUCUGGUGCUGCAGCCAGUGUUUUCCCGAAUACUGGCUCCUUAGUGUCUGAGAGGCAGUGGAUGAGUAAUUCUCCCAUUUCCACUUUUUUUUUUAAUAAGGAAACUGAGGCCCAUCUCAGGAACUGUCAUGUGGCAGAGCUGAGUACCUGCCCAGUCGCCUGCCCAGUUAUCUGCCCACAGCCUUCACCUACCACCAUCACCUCCUGGGGCCUGAAGGUGGCUGUCUCCUUUCCAGGCAGAAGGCUGAGAAGUUGCCCCGCAGCAAACACAGCCUGGGAUUCAGCUUCUCCCCUCUGCAGUGUGAGGCUCGGGUCCCAUGUCCCAUGCCAGGUUCUUCCCCUCCACAGAGGGACAGCUCCAGCUUCCCUAAGUGCAGCAGCAGCAGGAGCAGCAGCAGAUCCCUGUGCUGGGAACAGGACAGCCACAGGGAGAGCCAAGGGGUUGCCUGCUAUGCUGGCGCUGCCCCAAGUGACAACAUGUCCCUCUCACCACCCUCAGCCAUCUCUCCCAGGCUCCAUGCUGUGCAUGGCUGCUGUGGGGUCUAAGCUGAGAGCCCCGCAGAGCUUCCAAGUCUCACUCGGGUCUUUCAGGAGCGCUCUGUGGCUUUUUCUCUGUGCCUCACACGCCUCCCCUCGCCCACAUGACUCACGGCCCUCACUUCCCCUAGACUUGACCACGACCUGCAUUCAUGCAGCUGGCCUGGGAGAAGCCAUGAACCCCAAUUCACUUCACCCAGCAAGAGAACUGCAGAGGGCUCUGGCCUGAGCAGGGGUGCAGCACACCUAGAAAACAAAAAGCAAUUUCAAUAUUGUUUUUCUUUCCUCCAUCAAGAAGAAUAUCAAGCUAAACAACUGUGGACUUGUAAAUGUCUCCCAUUCGAGGUCCUGGGCAUAUUUCCCUUUCCAAACAAGCCUUACGCUUACCCCUAAGCAUUUUGACCAUUAAGUUGAUGAGGAUUGGCAGCCACCCACUUGCAUUCCUCUAGCCUCUCUCUGGGUGGUACUCUGGGGGUGUUUUGCCAGCUCCUGAACUUGGAGGGCCCGGAUGCAUUUCCAGGGCAUCCCAUCCUCUCCCUCUGUUCAGAUGACAGGCAGGUCCCACUGCUGCACCACAGGGUACCACUAGGAGACCAGAGAUGCCCGGGAAAUACAGGUUCCUGUCCUAGCCCUGUCUGGUGUCCUGUUUUCCCACAGGCUAUGCCUUUAGGGCCUGCUGAUUGAGCAGACCAUUUGAGCUGCUUGCAAUUUUUCGCCACCCACAGGGGCCGCCAAUGCCAAGGGGUAGAGACAGGAGGCUGGUUUAGGUGAACAAAGAAAGAGCUCCAGCAAUCCAAGCCAUCCACGAGGGGCGCAGACCACCACCCCAAGGGAGCGCCUUGUCCCUAAAGAGACUUCCCUGACCUGUUGGAGGGCAACGCCCCAGUCCUUUCAGCUCAGGAAUUCUCAGGCCUGGAUCAGUGAUGGCUGUACCUCCUUAGCAUCCACGUGUCCUGAGGCUCCCCCGUGCUACCUAGCCACCUCUGAGAGAACGGGGGUCCUCCCAGGACAUGGCCAUUCUGCCGCGUGUGGAGUUGAGCCAGCCUGUGCCUUCACAGGGAGAAGGGGACCCCAGCUAGGGGGCUUCUUUCGAGCAAACAGUCGAGCUAUUCUUGGGGUCCACACAUAUUUGGGACCAGGUAAUCAGAACAGAGGCUUUGUUGCUUGCAGCCCGAGGAAGCGCUGGGUGUGCAGUUCUCAUUUCAGCCCCUGACCACACAGUCUGCUGCGUGGCGCAUCCCACCAGGACUUGGGUGUUUCCUGUGGUCCUGUGCCAGGGUGAAGCCCAGGAAAGCCCACCUUGGGGCACUCUUCUCCAGAGAUGCUGUCUCCUUUCCCAGCACCUAUCCCCCCUCUGUCCUGUCAUCACCCACCAGCACCUUCCCAGGCUUCCUCCUUCCUUCCUUGGCCAGAAUGCAGAAUGAGAAUUCAUAUUUUAACACCGCCCCCCUGCCGCCCCCGUACUGCGUUGCCUUGUUCCCUGCAAUUUUAAAAUUAGAUACAGCUGUUAUGUGUUUUCCCUUGCAGAACUCAGCAAAACCUCGGAGCGAAGUCGUGCUUCUCCCAGCCUAGGGCAAGGGCCACCUCCUGACCUCUGUCCUACCCAGACUCAGGGCCCACCUGAAGGGUUUGGAAAGGGACAGGAAAUACCCGACGUUGCAAAGCUCUUUGCAAACCCGCCACUAGAGGGAGACAGUUCCCCGCAGGAAAGGUUUCGGGGCAGCCCAGCCUGAGGGAACCCCUGGGGUAGCUGUCAAAACCGAUUGCAUCUGUCCCUCUGUCUUCCCGUCCCAGCAGGAAUGAACUCUUUCUUCAUUCCCCUGAGUAUACAUCAGUCCCUCAUUCCCAGGGUAGCUUUAUGAAAGGAGAGAAAAUAGGAGACACUAGCUUGACUUGUUCUCAUCAAGCGAACGGUUUGGCACCAAGAGAAAUCUAGGUAUUAGUGUACUAAGCCAGUGUUUUCUGUUUUCAUCAUUGUCCACUAAUAGUGCUCAGGUAGAGUCAGGGUAACAAUUUUCAAAAGAAGAAGAAUACAGAAAUAGAAGGGAUAAGAGACAACCAGAAGCAGAAGCGAAGCCACGUUGAAUAUUCUGCAUCAGCCCAGCAGGUGGAGACCAAAUCCAGUCUUUGCCAUUUUUAACAGUUUGGAUGGGGAAGUCAGUGCUUUACUGGAAGAGAAACUGACUGACAGGAAAUAGAGAACUGCUGGCUUAGCUAACAGCUGCCGGAUCUAAACAGAUCAGAAGAGUGGAUUACAGUCCAGAUCUUAACAGCUCACCAGGAAGCAACCUAAAGAUUUACCUUUGGAUGUUUAAAAACCAUACAAGGAAAAGGUUAGGCGAUGUAUUUCAGUGAACAAAGCUGAAGAAAGUAGAAUAAAGCCACCAAAAAAUAAAAUUCACGGGGCUGGGGAGAUGACUCAGUAGAAUAAGCGCUUGCCUGGCAAAAAUAAAUAAAAUUCACAAGGGUUUAGGUGACCCAAGAAGACAUGGGUGCCACAUUUCAUCUGGGGCCACACCUUGGGAGACUGUUGCCCGUGUGGAAUGUCCAGGUGGGGAAAACCAGCUGGGCUGGAUAGAGAGAGCGGGACACCUUGUAAGAGUGUGGGGUGUGGGGAUGGUUCGGCCCCAUGGGAGCCAUCCUAGGCCAGGAGAGAGAAGUUACAGGGAGUUGGAUGUUUGCUCUUGCAGGAGAACCACUUGGCAGUGUCAGAAAGCUUGUGGCCAGUGGUGACUGGCCCAUCCUUAGAGAUAUCACCAAAACCAGAUGGCCCUGUGUCAGGAUAUAGGAGAGGGUCUCAGACAACCGGCUGGCCACCAUGAUGUUCAGGGUCACUUCCAAGUCAGGGUUUGGGCACUUAUGUUAAUAGAACAGCUUGGUGAGGACUUCAAGUGCAACCCACAAGCGUCCCGUCCCACUCCCAGCUUUUGCUCCCACGUGGGCCAUUUCAGACCCAUCGAUGCUUCUGUCCCCUAAGCAUGUGGCUUCGUAUGUCUGAGAACCACUGGCAGCAUGGGGAGAGAUGUCCGUCUGGUCCUGUGUCACAGAGGACACAAAUGUGGUAUGGCCAGGGAGACAGCACGUCCAGGAGCCAGGAGCCCUUUACCUCCCACCUGCCUCUCUCAGUUUCUGGCUUUCCUCUACCACUUCGGGGCAGAGUGAUUCUCUCUGCCCUGAACCAUCCCUGAGUCCUCAUUCUACCCAGAUUCUCUUUGUGCCCUGGCUCAGGAACCACUAGACAGUGACAACUCCCAGCCAGUGUGCUCAGUGUCUUCCAGACGGUGAGCCCCUGCUCAGUGCCAGGAAACCCCUUCUGUUACCUCCAAGGAACCCCUACCUGCCUGGACCCCCUGCUCCUCUCUGCGGUUUGACAGAAGGAUAUACUUUGUGAUAACUUAUUAUGUUGUUCUUUGUAAAUACAAGAUGUUUAUAGGAAAUAUGUAUUCUGAACUCUAUCUGCAGAAUAAGUCACUACACCAAAAUAGUUCUAUAAUUUAGAGUAUGUUAAUUUUAAAGGGACCGAAUAGGUAUUUAUUUGCAUAUACCAUCCACUUUUGUGCAAAAUCUCUGUCCAUACUAACCAGCUUCCUGGAAUGCCACUACCCCAUACUGCCUUAUUCUAAGUCCAUUUUUACCAUCAUUUAGUACACAGAAGAGUCAAACUCAUUGGGGUUUAAGAGCAAACAUAAAUUACUCUCCUUCUGACUGUUCAGGGCUUUCACUCGGGCAUCGUUCCUGGACAUAAUUUCUGUCUUUCCACUUUAACAUUUAUUUCCUCGUAUAAUCUGCCUGCGUCUUGUCCCUGUGUAUUCUGAGGACACAUGGCCUGUCCCACAUCCUUCUUGUCCUCCUUGUGUCACCUGCCGUUAGGCCAACAGGGUCAGAGCUGCAGAUCGGGCAGGGAGAGGCUUGAAGGCCUGUGGCUCCAGUGGUCCCUCUGGGGACUGGGCCAGGGCAACAGGUUGUCCUGUGACUGCGUAGCCAGGAUGCAGAGGCCAGGAGCAUACUGCACACUCCAUCCGCCCCUGCCCCUGGGCGGAGUGAGACUGUUCUAUAGAGUGGAGAGCGCAUGGUGGAUUAUACGAGUAAAUACGGCCUGUUUUCAGGAAAAAUGACAAUUAUUUUGUGUAUGACUAAUUUAUUUUUAUUGUAAAAAUACAAUAAACAGUUA